GUCCAUGCUGCUUUGGCCAAAAAACAACCUCCGCCAGAAUCUCCGCAGGGCGUAAAGACACGUAGAUGGAUCAUCUUCAGUUUCUGGGCCAUUGUCGGCCUGCUCGGCCUGCCUAUUUGGUUCGCCACGACCACUGUUCCCCGCGCUGCACUGCCCUUGGAGUCGAUGGAUGCGUGGGCCUCAGGUCAGACAUGUAAACUCGAGUUUCCUGUGCAUGUUGCUCUUGCUGCUUCCCAUCUUGACACUGCAACCACUACAGACCUUGCUCAGCAGAUCCAGCAAGGCUUGGAUAGACAAAACAAGUCUCCUGUUCACCGCUUGCGAGUAAUCGCUUCGGGGCACGGUACUGCAGAUCAGUCAGCAGAUGCGCCAUAUACUGACCUUUCGUCGUCCUCGGCUGUCACUGUCAACUUCGUGCUUAAUGACUCCCACUCUCACCCCGUGGCCAAGGUUCAGCCCUUCAACCCAACUUUAAGCAUCUACCAUGGCACGUUGCCUCAACCCACCAGCGUCUCUGACCUUGCUGAUUUCGUUGCGGCUGAACUUUUGAAGCUGUUCGCAGAGGAACAAAUCACUUUAGAUUAUCUUCUGACAGGUCAGACUAACCAUCAUGAGUCUUCAGGAGAUGUUGAUUCCUCAUCCAUUGUCGAAGGCUACCGAAGCAGGUCUAAUCGCGCCUUCAAGUAUGCAUCGACUUACCACUUGACAUUCUCUCUCUUCACGGGCUCGGCAUCACCAUCUGCCUGGAAUAUCAAGGCAGCGCUCGACGAGUAUCUUGGCCCCUUCCUGGCCUCGUUUUCAUCCGUCAGCAAGUUUAGUGUCGAUACUCAGGUGCAGCUGUAUGCAUCCCUAUCACCUUCGCUACAUGGCCCUCAACACGACGAGACAUCAGAUCAAUGGACCUUGAUGCGUUCUGACUUGAGUGCCUUCAUCAACGCAGCCGAGUGGCCUCUGAGUCCGAGCAUUGGUGUAGGCCCAACUAUCAACUUCGUCGCUUACGUUCCUUCUCCUAAGCAAGCUCCUAUGGUCAUUGAGGAGACCGGCGGAACCAGUUGGCUGAUUCCUCAAUGGGGCGGAGUUCAGAUAUUGAACCCUUCCAAAGACCACAACAACACUUUUCUUACUAAAGAUGAUCUCGAGCCGGUCGUGCGCAUCUUUGCAGAGCAGUUGGAGUCUCUCAUCGGCUUACCCCAGUCACCGGCCUCGCUUCCUCUUCGUCUUUCGAGCUUGACACGCGAAAGGGCGGCGUCCUUGAUUCUGUCGGCCUCGUCGACUCUGGGAGCUUUGUCCAGGCUUACACUCAAGCUGACCAGCAUUGCUAUUCCCGACAACGUGGCUGACUCGGUACAAAAAACCAUUCAUCAUCUGGAUACGGCAUGCUCUCAUCUUCACGAGGGACGCUUUGACGCUGCGUUGGAGCAUGCACGAAUUGCUGAAGCACAAGCGGAGCAAGCAUUCUUCGAACCUUCCAUGGUCGGCCAAGUCUACUUCCCAGACGAGCACAAAGUCGCGGUAUAUGUUCCCCUGCUCGGUCCCAUGGCUGUGCCCCUGGUGAUGGCGGCACUGAAAGAGUUCAAG